GACAGAACAAUGAAACGGCAAGUAUUGUUGUUGAUCUCCGCCUUCUGCCUCAGCUCUGUGAUCGGGCAGGUCAGCUACUCUAUUCCGGAGGAAAUGGCAAAAGGCUCUUUGGUCGGAAACAUCGCACAAGAUUUGGGUUUAGAUGUCAAACGGCUUAAGUCAGGUAAAGCUCGUAUUUAUACAGGAGAUAAUUCCCAGUAUAUCGAGCUGAAUAGAGAAAGAGGAGUCCUCCUUAUCAAAGAAAAAAUAGACCGCGAAGCGCUCUGCAGACAGACAACGCCUUGUGCUUUGCAUUUUCAAAUCACGUUAGAGAAUCCAUUGGAAUUAUUCCCGAUUACUGUAGAAAUCACCGAUAUUAAUGAUAAUUCUCCAGUAUUUCAAAAGGAGGAAAGGAGGUUCGAAAUAAGCGAAUCUGCAGUCAUUGGCUCUAAAUUCAUGCUAGAGAAAGCAAUUGACUCUGAUAUAGGACCCAAUAGUCUUCAGAGAUACACUCUAAAGCCGAGUGACAAUUUCAUGCUUAAACUGCAUAGUCAGUCUGAUGGGAGCAAAAAAGUAGAAAUGGUUUUACAAAAGCCUUUGGACCGAGAGAAACAAGAACACAUAUCUUUAGUUUUGACAGCCGAGGAUGGAGGAGAACCACAAAAGACAGGAACAAUGCAGAUUCAUGUUACUGUGUUGGAUGUUAACGACAAUGCCCCUGUUUUUACUAAACCCGUGUACAAAGCAAGCCUUACAGAGAACUCUGUAAUAGGAACACUCGUUACUAAAGUGAGUGCUUCUGAUGCAGACAAAGGCUCAAAUGGUGAGGUGACCUACGUGAUCGGGGAUAGCAUGGCUACUGCCUCGAAGUUAUUUCACAUUAGUAGUGAAGGCGAUUUGAUACUAGAUGGCCUUGUGGAUUAUGAAAAACAACGAAUUUAUCACAUAGAUAUAGAGGCGAUUGAUCAAGGUGGCCUCUCGGAUUCAAGUAAGAUAGUAAUUGAUAUAAUUGACGUGAACGACAAUAGCCCAACUGUAAAUAUGAUAUCAACAUCAGGUUCAGUUCCAGAGGAUUCAGCCCUCAAAACAGUAAUAGCUUUAUUAAGUGUAAAUGACCCUGACUCUGAAACUAAUGGGAAAGUCCACUGUUUAAUAAAUAAAAAUAUCCCAUUUGAAAUUAAAUUUACAUCCAAUAAUUUCUAUAGUAUAGUGACGGACGGUGAUUUAGACAGAGAGAGAGCCUCCGAGUAUAAUAUAACUGUGACCUGCUCUGAUGAGGGAGUGCCCUCCCUCUCCAGCAGCGUCACUCUCACCUUACAGAUCUCUGAUGUAAAUGAUAAUGCACCUGUCUUUGAGAGGAGCUCAUAUGAGGCCUACAUUAUAGAAAACAACACACCAGGCCUCUCUGUAUUCACAGUGAAAGCCAGAGACGCUGACUGGAACCAGAAUGCCCGUGUUUCUUACAUACUGGAGGACUCCUCUGUUAACGGAGUGCCAGUCUCCUCAUAUGUGUCCGUUAGUGCUGAUAGUGGAGUCAUCCAUGCAGUUCGCUCUUUUGACUACGAGCAGAUCAAAGAUUUCCAUUUCCGCGUCAAAGCACAGGAUGGAGGCUCUCCUCCACUCAGUAGCAAUGUGACUGUGAAAAUAAUGAUCCAGGACCAGAACGACAACCCUCCUCAGGUUCUGUACCCAGUCCAGACUGGUGGUUCUCUGGUGGCUGAAAUGGUUCCUCGUUCAGCAGAUGUGGGCUAUCUGGUGACUAAAGUGGUGGCUGUGGAUGUGGACUCUGGACAGAAUGCCUGGCUCUCCUAUAAACUGCAGAAAGCCACAGACAGGGCGCUGUUUGAAGUGGGCUUACAGAAUGGAGAAAUAAGAACUAUCCGCCAGGUGACUGAUAAAGAUGCUGUGAAACAAAGACUGACUGUUAUAGUGGAGGACAACGGGCAGCCCUCUCGUUCAGCUACAGUCAUUGUUAACGUGGCGGUGGCGGACAGCUUCCCUGAAGUGCUGUCAGAGUUCACUGACUUUACACACGACAAGGAGUACAAUGACAACUUAACUUUUUACUUAGUGUUGGCUCUGGCUGUAGUUUCCUUCCUCUUCAUCACGUGUUUAGUGGUUAUUAUAUCAGUGAAAAUCUACAGAUGGAGACAGUCUCGCAUCCUGUAUCACUCCAAUCUCCCUGUGAUUCCAUAUUAUCCACCACGUUACUCAGACACUUUGGGGACAGGGACUCUCCAACACGUGUACAAUUACGAGGUGUGCAGGACGACUGACUCCAGAAAGAGUGACUGUAAGUUCGGCAGAGCUGGUAGUCAAAACGUGUUGAUAAUGGACCCCAGUUCUACAGGGACGAUGCAGCGGAUACAGAGUGAAAGGAGCAUCCUGGAUGAACCAGACUCUCCUCUAGAGAAAGGGCCGCUAUUGGCCAGAGUGUGGCAGUCUUCGAUAGCACUGGGAACUGUACCUCCCCCUUAG